GGUUACAAUGAAUGGGCUUUACUUACAUGGUUUAGGUGAAAUAUAUGAAAUAUGUGAUAUUGCUGAACACGCGAAAUUUACUUUUAUGAAAAGCAAUGCCUCCAAGACCAGAUUACCCGUAUAUCGUAUCAUAAAACAGACUUCCUUUACGACCAUCAGAAUGUAACUGUUUACGAUGAAUACCUUUACGCAGGAUAUAUAUAUAUUGAUUCUGCAUUUUUGUAUCCUAUUCCUGACCGGAGAAAGUUAUGAAUUAAAGUGUUCUGUACCAUCGCAGCGUCAACACAGGUCAAAUAACUUUUGCAACAUAUCCGGAGAAGAAUACAUGUGCUUACGGGACGUAAUAAAAGUUCAGAAUAUUGAAUUGUGUUCCAAGAAAAUACAAUUUCAACGGCCUGGGUACAAAAUUGUAUGGAGUGGGAACUUUGAUGGACAGACUUGUGACACUGAAAGAUAUCAGCCGAUUAGUCAUUUCAAUCUCGACGGAAGUAAUUGCAUCUUCCAAAAAUCCAAUUGCAAUGAAGAAGGACAAAUAACAGUUGAAGACGGAUCACCAAGGACCGACAGACGAUGCCGAUGUGAUUACAGACGGGGAUAUGCUUUUGUUUCUGAACCUUCAAAUAAGUGUAACUGCAUUCCAUCGAAUGAGGAUUGCUCAUGCUUUUUGAAACAUUGUCCCUAUCUUCAGAAAUUAUCUCCUGACUACAAAUGCGUGUGGCAAGACGACCUACAUAGAAGUUUCAACUGUAUAACAAUGUUGAAAAGGGGUGCAGACGAAGAAAAGAAUAGAAUAAAGGAAUCUAAACACUGUAGUACAGACAAUAGAGCAGAUAGUAAGAUGUUGAGUUAUGCUUACUCUCAUGCAGAUCCUCACUGCACACAGCACAUAGUUUAUACCACUUUGUUCCUUAUCAUGUUCAUUGGUAUAAUAGCCAUUGCGUAUUAUAUUGUGGGAAGAAGACGAACUGUUAAAAAAUGUAAAUGGAAAUAUUCAGAUCAAACAGUAUAUAAUAAUGGUUCAGCUGUAGAACGUAUUGGUAAAAACGCAUACAUGAAAAAAAUGAUCGAUGUAUGUAAUAACGGAGAAGAAACAGUUGUCAGCCCUAAACAGCCGCAAAAAACAAUACCAGAAAAAGAAGAAAAUAUGAACCAUGUUUCGUUGAACGCUGAUACAAAUGACAUUGAAUCAUUUUUUCGUUUAGAAGAAGUAGAAAACAUAAGACAGCUCAUUAUAUCGGUCGUUGAAUUAUCUAGGAAUAUCGGAAACACAGCUCCUGAACGAGAGAUAAAUAAGCAAUUUUAUCACUUUUUAAGCGAAAUUUAUAAUUGCUUCAUAUUACCAAAGAAAUUACCAGAUGGCUAAGAAGAUUAUCUUACAAAUUGAUGUAGGAUUUGUCUACCCAACAAACAAUCUUCUCAAUUUCCAUGCAUUCGAAUGAAAGUUUCAUCUGUAAGAAUCUACAAGUAUUCCAUCUUAAAAUUAUAGCUGUUAUCGCUUUUUCUAACUAGAAAGGUUCUGUACGGAGCUGUCGUGCAGCCUAAGAGAAGAUUUGUCUAUAUGUUUCAGCAUGAUAUACACGUUAUACGUUCAAUAAUUAAGUUCUAAUAGAAUUUGUUUCAAUUUUGAAAUAAUUAUAAUACUAGAAAAUAAAUUCGAAUGAGCAAAAAUGAAAUUUCUGAGCAGAAAGUUGAUGAAUCAGGGUUAUGUAAAAGAACGUCUCGUCCUUUUUCUAGAAGAGUUCAUCGGACGAUACCAAGACCUUGUUGAUAACUAUUCCGUAUCAACUUCAAAAAUAAUACAUGAUGGUAUAGAUUCUAGGUACUGAAGUUGGUUAUCAUCUUAAUAACGUGUUAUAAUGUUCUUUUUAUUUGUCUUUGUAUAUUUUUUAUCUUUACCUUAUAGUCCAUUUAUUUGUAAUAUCCUUUUGGCGUGGCUCGGUAUUUAUACAUCUCGCCAUUGUGUAAUUGUGCAAUUGUCAUUUUUUUUUUGUAUUUUUGUCUUUCCUAUUUGCUUAUGUGCUGUGUCUUUGAAGUGUCUAUAUGCCCAUUUGUUUUUCUUUGGUUUUUUUCUUGUUGAUAUAGUUGUUUGUUUUCAUAGUGAUUAAAGAUUAUAACACAAUGUUAA